GGUCCAAAAUGGCUUACCAGACUUUUCAGCAGGAGUAUUUACAGAUUCCUGUUGUAACUCGGGCAUACACAACUGCAUGUGUCCUCACCACCGCUGCCGUGCAAUUAGAACUCAUCACACCUUUCCAACUCUACUUCAAUCCUGAUUUGAUACUAAGGAAUUAUCAGGUAUGGAGACUCAUAACCAACUUUCUAUUUUUUGGUCCAGUUGGCUUCAACUUCCUUUUCAAUAUGAUUUUUUUGUACCGAUACUGUCGUAUGCUGGAGGAGGGCUCAUUCAGGGGCCGCACAGCUGAUUUUGUCUUCAUGUUUCUCUUUGGGGGCCUUCUGAUGACUAUAUUUGGCACCUUUGUGAGUUUGGUGUUCUUGGGCCAAGCUUUUACCAUCAUGCUGGUAUAUGUUUGGAGCAGACGCAACCCCAACGUUCGCAUGAACUUCUUUGGUCUGCUGAACUUUCAGGCGCCCUUUCUGCCUUGGGUGCUCAUGGGAUUCUCUCUGCUGCUGGGCAACUCCAUCAUUGUGGAUUUACUAGGUAUAGCUGUGGGCCAUGUGUACUUCUUUCUGGAGGAUGUGUUCCCUAACCAGCCAGGUGGUGGCAGAUGGCUAAAGACCCCAUUCUUUCUUAAGAUGCUGUUUGACACUCCAGAAGAGGAUGCCAACUACAACCCCCUUCCAGAGGAGCGUCCAGGGGGGUUUGCCUGGGGAGAGGGGCAGCGCCUCGGGGGUUAACUGAGCCUCCUUACCACAGGAACACUUAAAUGGACAUUCCCUCAGAGAGCGAGAGGGAGGGACAAAGUGGACUUUUUUUGGACUUUUCUCUUGUCCUGAAUGGAAAAAUGCAGAUUUUCAGAGAUUGAUCUGUUUGUGUGUGUGGCUUACGUCCCUCUCAAACUGUUCUAUAAGCCAGACUGACACUUCAGGACUACACGAGAUGACGUAACAACAGGAAGGGAUGUGUCAAACCUUUGGCUGUGUUGACAUAUGGCUAUCUCUGGAGAGAAAAAAUGGCAUCAAAGUCCAAUGACAGGACACAACCGCCAAGGAAAACAUAUUUAUGAAUAAAAAAAUGAAUAAAUGUGUGGCAAAUGUAGGUAUUGCUGUAGAUAUUUUAUCUUUUCUGCAGUGUUGUACCAGAGCAAGGUUUUCUUUAAAGAGUUCCAUAAUUAAUGUGUAUUUAUUUCAAUAAUUGGAUUUCAGUCUUAAGAGUGCUUGGAUUCAUAAAAAAUGUGAAAACUCCUUCAUAAUUUACAUAUUGAAUAAAAACACAUUUGUUUAUUGCA